AUGACGACCAUCUCUCUGGCUCCCAUGCCUCCUCCUCCUGCCUCUUCCGCCGGCGGUGGCCUUCCCGUGCCCGUCCGUCCCAAGUUCAACUCGCACAUCACGUCGGACCGCCUUCGCGAGGGAGCCGGCCUGCGCCUGCCGCCCUUUGCGAGCAACAUCCAAAAGGGCCGCACGUCCGUCUUCCGCGAGAUGGGCCUCGAGGACGACCUCGCCUUUGGCAGCGACACGUAUCUCGUCGUCCGCGACGACGCCGCCAAGAAGCACUCCUCCGAGGACGACGACGCUACCUCGACGACCACGGGCAGCCGAAGCAGUGUCGGCGGCGGCCAGCAGACCUCACGCCCCUGGUACGCAAAGCUGGCUGCUCGCCCGGCCCUGACAAAGCGCCAGUCUAGCCAGGGACGCAUGGCCAUUCCCUCUGUCAACGUUGUUGGCCCCGACUCCCAAUAA